AUGAACUUCCCACCUGAAGAAGUCCAGGAGUUAGUAAGAGAGAUUGCCGACAUUCUUGUUGCAAGAAAUCAAACUGUCUCUGUCAGUGAAGGUGCUUGUGGUGGUUUGUUAAGUGCUUAUCUAAUUGCAAUACCAGGGGCUUCUAGGUUCUUUGAUGGUGGACGUUUGAUUUACAGUUUGAAAUCAAGAUUGAAGCUUUCUGGUUGGAAUGAGGAGCAAAUAAAAAGCUACACUGGUCCGAGUGAGCAAGUUGCUCUGAAAAUGGCCAGGAAUUUGCGUAUUGAAUUUGGAUCCACUUACGUCCUAUCUGAAACCGGUUAUGCAGGACCAUCAACAAACGUUGGGUUGGAUAAUAAUAGUAUCAAUGACGAAGAUGCGAAGGUGGGAACAGUUUAUAUAGGAAUUGCUGGUCCCAAAUGGAAUCGUUCUUGUGAGAUUUCUACAGACUCCCAAGACAGGUCUAUUAAUAUGCAAUUGUUUGCUAAAUACACGUUGAAGUUUUUUUUGGAAAAUUUGAAAAAUGAGCAAGAAGGCAAAUAA